GUCUUCCUCCAUUGCCCGCUUCCGGUGAUCUUCUGUUCUCGCAGCUCUCCGCUCUUCUCCUUCUCCAUUAAGACCAAUCUCUUCCUCUCCUCCAAGCGAAUAUAUAGAGUCCGGUGAGAUAGUCGCUUCCUCUGAGGCGCGGGUCGGAACUGUAGGGUUCCCUCUCUUCCGCCCGGAUUCAUCUUUCUUCGUCGUCAGUGUUGUUUGAUCUCAGUCGGAGAUGGCCGGAAACAAAGCGAUCAGCUUGGAAGAGAUCAAGAACGAGAACGUCGAUCUUGAACGGGUUCCGAUCGAAGAGGUGUUUGAGCAACUGAAAUGCACCAGAGAAGGCCUGACAUCCCAAGAAGGAGCCAAUCGGCUCCAAAUCUUUGGCCCAAACAAGCUCGAAGAGAAAAAAGAGAGCAAGGUUCUCAAGUUUCUGGGCUUCAUGUGGAACCCCCUCUCAUGGGUCAUGGAGAUGGCCGCUGUCAUGGCCAUCGCUUUGGCCAACGGCGGCGGCAAGCCGCCCGACUGGCAAGACUUCGUCGGUAUCAUCGUGCUGCUCGUCAUCAACUCCACCAUCAGUUUCAUCGAAGAAAACAACGCGGGCAAUGCCGCAGCCGCCCUGAUGGCAGGCCUUGCUCCCAAGACAAAGGUGCUUAGAGAUGGCCGCUGGAGCGAGCAGGACGCAGCAAUUCUCGUGCCAGGUGAUAUUAUCAGCAUCAAACUGGGUGACAUCGUCCCUGCCGAUGCCCGUCUUCUCGAAGGAGAUCCACUGAAGAUUGAUCAGUCUGCCUUGACCGGAGAAUCGCUUCCUGUCACCAAGAAUCCCGGAGACGAAGUGUUCUCUGGCUCCACCUGCAAGCAGGGUGAGAUCGAGGCUGUCGUUAUUGCCACCGGUGUCCACACCUUCUUCGGGAAAGCAGCUCAUCUUGUGGACAGCACGAACCAAGUCGGGCACUUCCAGAAGGUCCUUACGGCCAUUGGCAACUUCUGCAUCUGCUCCAUUGCAGUUGGUAUGAUCGUCGAGAUCAUCGUCAUGUAUCCGAUACAACACAGAAGGUACAGGGAUGGGAUCGACAACCUGUUGGUGCUCUUGAUUGGAGGCAUCCCAAUUGCCAUGCCUACUGUCCUGUCAGUGACAAUGGCCAUUGGCUCACACCGCCUGUCGGAACAAGGCGCUAUCACGAAGAGAAUGACUGCCAUUGAGGAGAUGGCCGGCAUGGAUGUACUGUGCAGUGAUAAAACAGGGACUCUGACCCUAAACAAAUUGAGUGUGGACAAGAACCUGAUCGAGGUUUUUGCAAAGGGUGUGGAUAAGGAGCAUGUUAUCCUAUUGGCAGCAAGAGCAUCAAGGACGGAGAACCAGGAUGCCAUCGACGCCGCAAUGGUGGGGAUGCUUGCAGACCCAAAGGAGGCUAGAGCGGGUAUUAGGGAGUUACAUUUCCUCCCCUUCAACCCUGUUGACAAAAGAACUGCUCUUACCUACAUCGAUGUCACUGGCAACUGGCAUCGUGCAAGUAAAGGUGCACCGGAGCAGAUUUUGAGCCUUUGCAACUGCAAAGAAGAUGUCAGGAAUAAGGUUCAUUCUGUAAUUGAUAAAUAUGCUGAACGUGGACUUCGAUCACUAGCUGUAGCAAGACAGGAAGUUCCAGAAAAGUCCAGAGAGAGCUCAGGGGGGCCAUGGCAAUUUGUCGGUCUGUUACCUUUAUUUGAUCCCCCAAGGCAUGAUAGUGCUGAAACUAUCCGCAGGGCCCUCAAUCUUGGUGUCAAUGUAAAAAUGAUUACAGGUGACCAGCUUGCCAUUGCUAAGGAAACAGGCAGGAGACUUGGAAUGGGAACUAACAUGUAUCCUUCCUCUUCAUUGCUUGGCCAAAAUAAGGAUGCAUCAAUGGCAGCACUACCUGUUGAUGAACUGAUAGAGAAGGCUGAUGGAUUUGCCGGAGUAUUCCCAGAACACAAGUAUGAGAUUGUGAAGAAGUUACAAGAGAGGAAGCACAUUUGUGGAAUGACAGGAGAUGGAGUUAAUGAUGCUCCUGCUUUGAAGAAGGCUGAUAUUGGUAUUGCAGUUGCUGAUGCAACAGAUGCUGCUAGAGGUGCCUCCGACAUAGUCCUUACUGAACCUGGUCUUAGUGUCAUCAUUAGUGCUGUCCUUACUAGCAGAGCUAUAUUCCAAAGGAUGAAGAACUACACUAUAUAUGCUGUCUCUAUCACCAUCCGUAUUGUUCUUGGUUUUAUGCUGAUUGCACUGAUAUGGAAGUUUGACUUCUCACCCUUCAUGGUUUUAAUUAUUGCUAUUCUAAAUGAUGGUACAAUUAUGACAAUUUCAAAGGACCGGGUGAAGCCAUCUCCAUUGCCUGACAGUUGGAAGUUGAAAGAAAUAUUUGCAACAGGCGUUGUGUUUGGGAGUUAUUUGGCAUUGAUGACUGUUAUCUUCUUCUGGGCCAUGAAAGACACUGACUUCUUCUCGGACAAAUUUAAAGUUAGAUCAUUGAGGCACAGUGAGGAUGAAAUGAUGGCUGCUUUGUACCUGCAAGUUAGCAUCGUUAGUCAGGCUCUUAUAUUUGUCACGCGAUCACGCAGCUGGUGCUUUGUUGAGCGCCCUGGACUUCUCUUAGUCACUGCAUUUGUCAUCGCACAGCUUGUUGCAACGGUUAUAGCUGUCUAUGCUAACUGGAGUUUUGCACGAAUAAAAGGUAUAGGCUGGGGCUGGGCUGGUGUUAUCUGGCUUUACAGCAUUGUUUUCUUCUUCCCUCUGGAUUGUUUCAAAUUUGCCAUCCGGUACAUUCUUAGUGGGAAGGCAUGGGAUAAUCUUCUUGAGAAUAGGACUGCUUUCACUACCAAGAAAGAUUAUGGUAGGGAAGAAAGGGAAGCUCAGUGGGCUAUGGCUCAGAGAACUCUGCAUGGACUCCAACCCCCUGAGACCGCUAACCUUUUCUCUGACAAGAACAGCUAUAGAGAACUUUCAGAAAUCGCUGAGCAAGCCAAAAGGCGAGCUGAAAUUGCAAGGCUCCGCGAACUGCACACUCUGAAGGGACAUGUCGAAUCAGUGGUGAAACUCAAAGGGCUUGAUAUCGACACCAUCCAGCAACAUUACACCGUAUGACAGCCACUUCGAUCAAGGAGUCUAGCAUGAAGCAAAGUGGAUCGUAAUAACCAACACAAUGCUUAAGGAGUGAUUUGAGACGAAAUCACAUCUGAUAUCACCCCAAGUAUAGUGUCUUCUAGUUCUGAGUCAUGUCAUAUGCCAUUUUAUGCCUCUGUGAAAGUGUCCUCUCCUCUUGAGCACCACCAUGUGGAUGCAGAUGAUAAUAAUACAUACUUAUGCCGUCUUUCAUUUCAUUACUUGCUAAUUAAUAUGAGAUGUAUGAGAAAUUUGUAUCUUGUGAUAAAUUUAUUCUACAUGCAGUCUCAA